AUGUCGGACUACUUGGACUCUGAGGCAUCUGUGUCUUCGGACGAAGAAGGCCAGCCAAAUUCCAAAAAACAACGACUUGAAAAAUCUGUUUCUUCAGAAGAUAGCGAAGAAGAGGAAGAGCUCCCUGAUGAAGAGGAAAUAUGUCGAAAAGAAGGUCAAGGCUGGAUCGUCAACGAUGACGAAGUAGAAGAUGGUGGUGAUGCAUCUGAUAAUGAAAGCAACACGAGUGAUAAGUCGGAAAAAAAUGACGGAAAUGAGGACGAUGAUGACGAUCAGCUAGAUGAUGAGGACUUCGUGCUCAUCAGGGAAAAUUGUGGGGUUGACAUUCAACGGAAAACUAAAAAGCGCCGGCUUGUCCUCGACGACGAGGACGAAGCUGACAUUGAUGCCAAGAAAGCAUCCAGGGAAGCUCGUAGUCGCGAAGCAAUUGCUCGUCAGAUAUUUGAAGAGGAUGAAGAUGAGGGAGGUAAUCGUAGUGAAGAUGGGUCUGUUCGUGCUGCUCCCUCCUUUACUGCCAAGUCUGACGAUGAGGGUGAGGAGUCUGAUGGUAUGGGUGAUUUUAUUGUCGAUGAUGCUGGUGGCGGUGGACAAGCUGCUAGACAAAGACGACAAGUGGUUCACAAGGACCCUGCUCUCCAGCAGGCACAGAAUAUUUUUGGAGUGGAUUUUGACUUCAAUGAAUUCGAGCAGUAUGGUGACCACGGCAGCGAUAUUAGUGAGGAAUCAGAUUUUGAGGAUGAAGAGGAGGAAGGCGGACGCCGCCGGAGAGGCAAGCGUGAACCAAAGGUGACUCAUCACGAUCGGAUGUAUGAGUUAUUUGAUCCAACCGAUUUGGCUCGGAACUUCUUCAGUCCCGAAGACGAACGAAUUCGCUGUACAGACGUCCCAGAACGUUUUCAGUUGCGUAGCGUACCUGUCAGCAGACUUGACCCUCAGUCGACUAGUUAUAAUGAGGAUCUAGCUGAGGUAAAGAAAGAAGCGGAGUGGAUUUAUAAUGCUACAUUCAAGGAGGGACAGUCAAUGAAGCCCCCGUCUGUGAUAGAAAAUAUUUUCCAAGUGCUUAAAUUGUUCAAAGAAUCCCUGUCGGAAGUCCCCUUCAUCGCAUUUUAUAGAAAAGAGUGCAUUAAAAAGGACCUAAAUAUCAAUGAUUUGUGGCGAAUCUAUGAUUUUGAUGAGAAGUGGGAAAUUCUCCAACGACGUCGCAAGGAACUGAUUCGACAGCUCGAUCAAAUGAAAGCAUACUUAGAUGCGCAGACUGCCGAGGAGAAUGUUGGCGAUAAGCCCGACUCCAACGGACUGGUGUCCCUCAUUGCCAUGGCCAAAUGUGCCACUUCAUUAGAGGAAGUCCAGGAUGUUAAACUGAGUUACCUCUUUCGCUAUGGUGGUUUCAUUGAGGAAAUGCUCAUUUGGGGAGACAAGGAUGCCAAACUCGACGCUAAGGACGAGGAUGAAGGCAACGCCAAGGCUUCUGAGGAGGAGGAAAGUGACUCCGACGAGGAGUACGUCCCGACACACGACAUGAAGAGUCUUUCAGUAAAGCCGAGUGAACAAAAAGACGCCACAACGGCCCCUAAAGCCACUGCAAAGCGUGCUCCCGGUGCCAGUGUGAUCACCAUUUCCAUUGACCCGAUGACAGGCCGGCGGAUACGACAGCGCCAAGUGCGCACAACCACUGCGUACGAUAUUGCCCACCGAGCCGGUCUGUCUGCUCUAGUCGACCGAUUCGGCCUGACAGCGGAGCAGUUUGCUGAGAAUGUGCGUGAUCGGUACCGCCGACACGAGGUCAACCAGUGCCCUAUGGCGCCGCUAGACGCUGCCGCGGACUUCGUCUGCCCACAAUUCCCCGAGGCGUCGGAUGCUCUGCGCGCGGCGCGCUACAUGCUCGCCUUCCAGAUCUCCCGCGAGCCCGCUGUGCGUCAGAUGGCUCGCAUGAACAUCUCCUCGCAUGCCGCCAUCGACGUCAAACCCACGCUCAAGGGAAUGCGGCUGAUCGACGAGUCGCAUCCGCUGUUUCCAGUCAAGUUCUUGAAGGCCAAGCCCGUUUCCGAGUUAAUGGGUGACGUCGCCUAUCUCCAUUUGCACGACGUGCGUCAUUCUCUAGCCAUUGCUCGUGGCCUCACUUUGUCGGCUCUUCAAGACGGCUUGGUUACGAUGACAAUGCACGUGCCCAAGUUCGAAAAGUGCGAUCUCUCGUUGCUGGGUGAUCUGGUGGCUUUCUUCCAGCGCGAUGAAUUUAGCGAUUAUGUGAAGGACUGGAACGAGCAGCGCUCGCUCUUGCUGGAAGAGGCAAUCAAACAGUUCCUGGAGCCGUGUAUUUUCAAGGAGAUUCAAGAGAAGCUUCUUGAGGCCAGCCGCCAGGCUGUCAUGAAGCUCUGCGCACAGAAGUUGUUCAAGUGCAUCAAGGUGGCGCCGUACGUGGUGGACGACCAGCGCUACGGCGGUGGCGCCGACGGCGACGAGAGCGGCGCGGGCGGUCGGCAUCGUCACGGUGGCCGCCACCAGCCGGACGGCAAUGAGGACCACAGCAUCUGGCCGAAGCCCGCGCGUGUGCUUGCCCUGGCCACUGACGACAAGGACAUCUUCGAGUCCAUGAUCGCCGCCGUCCAGUUGGACGCUGACGGCGAAGUUGUCGACUUCUUGAACCUGCCCUGCAUCCUCCACAACCCGCGGCUUCAACGGGAUGACCUCAAAAAAAGUCGAGAGGAGGAUGUGCAACGCUUCACGCGAUUCGUCGCGCGGAACCACCCGCAGGCGAUUGUGAUUGGCUGUAACUCGCGGCGCGCCCUGACCCUGCGCGACAUGGUGCAGGGUCUGGUGGACGACCUGACCGCGGACUCGCGUCUACCAUCACGUCCGAACAUCGAGCUGAUGGACAUGGAGUUGGCCGUUGUCUACUCCCAAUCCGAGGCCGCCACGGCCACCCUGCCCUCCACGUACUCCGCGCUCCUCAAGCAGGCCAUCUCUCUGGGUCGACGACUUCAGGACCCCUUGGCGGAGUUUGCCCAGCUCUUCAAUCCCCCGGACACGGAUAUCCUCGGCGUGCGGUGGAACCCCGCGCAGGACUCGGUACCGCAGGAGAUGCUGAUGCGGGCUCUGGAGAUUGAGUUCAUCAACCGCACCAACGAGGUGGGCGUCGACGUGAACCGGUGCAUUCUGCACCCGCACACCGCGAACCUCCUUCAAUUCGUCGCUGGUCUGGGACCUCGGAAGGCCUUCUACAUGAUCAAGGUUAGAACCUCCCCAGCAGUCUGGGUCGGCUCGUUCCAGCGACACUCGCUACUGCCACUUUUGUUGAAGCAAAAGAAGGUGUUCCUGACGAAUCGCGAGCUUCUGGCCAAAGUGCUGCGCCUCGGUCCCCACGUGGCGAUCAACUGCGCUGGAUUCAUCAAGAUCGACACGACCGCCGUGCGGGACCUGCCGAACUCCGGGGACAACAUUGAAAUUCUCGACUCCAUGCGUGUUCACCCUGAGAGCUAUGACCUCGCGCGUCAGAUGGCUGUCGACGCGCUGGAGUACGACGAUGUCGACGAGAACGAUCCAACCACCGCUCUCGAGGAAAUCGUCCAGAGCCCGGCUCGGUUGAGAGAGUUGGAUUUAGACGCGUUCGCGGAGGAGUUGAAGCGACAGGACCACGGUGACAAGCACAUCACUCUGUACGACAUCCGCAAGGAGUUGAAUCACCGCUACCGUGACCUCCGCGACCCCUUCGAGCCCCUCACGCCGGAGCGCAUCUUCAGUCUGGCCACCCACGAGACUCCCGAGACCCUGCACAAGGGCAGCCUCGUCGACUGUCAAGUCCUGUCAAUCGCGACUAGAAAGCCGCGUCCGGAGCAGCUGGACCAGGCGAAUCCCUCCAGAAACGAGGCCACGGGACUGUGGAGGUGUCCGUUCUGCAAGCAGGACAACUUCCAGCAGCUCAACGAGAUGUGGGCGCACUUCGACAGCAACGACUGCCCCGGCCAGCCAGUGGGCCUGCGGGUGCGGCUUGAGAACGGCAUCUUCGGCUUCAUCCCAAUCCGCUUCAUCGAUCCGCCGGUUGAGAAGACCCUCGACUCCGUCCAGCCCGGCAGCAUUCUGCAGGCCAGGGUCACUAAAAUCGAUGUAACCAAGUUCAACGUCGAACUCACUCUCCGGUCGUACGAAAUCCAGGAUGAACUGCGUGAGUGCAGGAUUCGUCGUGACGCCUUCUUCGACUACGACGCGGAGGCGGCAGAGCUGCGUCGGCUGGAAGACCUGGAGGCGAAGGAGAAGGCCAAAACCACACAGGCCUACGUGAACCGCGUCAUCUUCCAUCCGCACUUCAAGAACAUCACCUACAACCAGCUGAUGGCCAUGGAGCCCACCCUCGAGACGGGCGCCAUUGUGAUCCGACCCAGCCGUCAGGGCACCGAUCAUCUGACGGUCUCGCUGAAGGUCGACGACGGCAUCUUGAAGCACUUCGACGUCGUGGAGAAGGACAAGACGCACAGCUUCGUCCUCGGACGCACCCUCCUCAUCGGCAACGAGGCGUUCGAGGACCUAGACGAAAUCGUCGCUCGCUACAUGCAACCCAUGGUCUACUUGAUACGCGAUGUCCUCACGUACAAGUACUAUCGCAAUUCACAGGGCGGCAAGCAGGAGAUUCUGAGGGAGUUGUUGCAGAAAGAGAAGGAAAUCAACCACACCAAGAUUCCCUACUUCCUGUCAGCCUCAGCCGAGCACCCAGGCUACUUCGUGCUGGCCUACAUGCCCAACCAAACACCGCGCUUCGAGCUGUUCUCUGUGAAGCCGGAGGGCUUCAAGUUCCGUCAGCGAAUGUUCCCCUCCCUCGAUCGAAUGAUUGGCUGGUUUAAGGAGCACUUCAAUGACGCGGAUGUUGUUGAUGUUGUGUCGUCUCAAUUUGGCACGCACUCGUCGCAGUCACGCGUAGCCCGUUUCACACGCCGAACUUAUUUUUCUCGUUUGCAGGCCACCUUGCGCAGUCAGCGCCAACUCGACAGCCAGCACCGAGGUGUCGUUAACAUUGGCCACCACAUGCCGGCACACCGGUCGCCUCCAGCACCGUCUGGCGCCCCGGACGUCGCCUCAACUCGGACACCCAAGAUGGACGAUUUCUUUAACCUCCCUAUUCCCUACGGAGGCGGCGCGUAG